AUGGUAGAGAUUAACGACGGUCGCCAUUUCAAAAACCCUUAUGACGAUUAUAUUUCAGAAAACCAACUACAAGUGGAAAACACAAAUAUUCCAAGGAAAUUUAUUGAAUUAUUAAAUGUGUUAAAUGCUAAGUACGAGAAAUUAUCCUCUUCUGAUAUAUCUAUGUACACGGGGUUAUCAGGUAUUGGAUUAUUCUACAAUUAUCUAUCACAAUCAAAAAGUAAACUCAUCGAUAAAAAAAUAUGUGAAGAUGCUGUCCAGCAUGCUGAAAGGUUAUUGCAUCGUUGUCUGCGUCAUAUUGACAUGAAAAAGUUAUCUAAGAAUAUUAGUGUUUUCACUGGAUCUAUCGGUGCAUUAUGCUUAGGUGUACUGUGCACCUCGGCUCACAGUACAGAUGCAAAACGUUACUUGGAACAAAUUCUCUCCGCUAGUAAUUAUGCUGCUUUAAAUGAUUCGAAUUCUAAUAUGCCUGAUGAAGCACUCUAUGGAAGAACAGGUUAUUUGAAUUGUCUGCUAACUUUGAAAGAAUACAACAAUUCUGAUAUACCCAGUACUACGAUUUCAUUGGUAAUUAAUGCUAUCUUACAAUCUGGUCAGCGAACAGCUAGUGCUUACAAAUCCAAUGGUUAUUAUGAUUCUUUAAUACGACAUUCCUCCAAACGAAACUUACCAAUGCCACCGUUAAUGUUUGAAUGGCAUGAAAAAUGUUAUCUUGGUGGGGCGCAUGGUUUUGCUGGUAUUUUAACCACUCUUUUAAAGGCUUAUCGUCUGUUUCCCGGUGUAAUAUCAUCGGAUACUUUAAAUCAACUAAUUUUGCCUACUGUUGAAUGGAUGGGACAACUUCAGUUACCGAGUGGAAAUUGGCCUUCAAGUCUGGGGGAUAGUAUAAGUCGGGAUGUAUUAGUUCAUUGGUGUCAUGGUGCAACCGGUGUAAUCCCACUUAUGCUGUCAGCUUAUAAGAUAACCGGUGAAAAGAAGUAUUUAGAGCGUGCAUUGACUGGUGGAGAAGUUCUCUGGACUCGUGGUCUACUUCAUAAAGGUUGUGGUUUAUGUCAUGGUUCUGCUGGUAGCGGUUUCAGUCUAUUGGAAAUUUAUCAAACUACACAUGAUCCUAAGUAUUUGUAUAGGGCUAUAAAGUUUGCUGAUUGGUGUACUGAUUGCUUUACCAAUGCUACUCGUGUUGCUGAUCGGCCAUAUUCACUUUUUGAAGAACUUUGCACCGAUAUGCGGGAGUUCAAGUCGCCACUCUCCCUCCAUGUAGCACACAAAGCAAGAGAAGACAGUAAACAGAGGUGUGAGACAAAAGAAUAGUAAUAACGAAGAACGAUAUAGUUUCAUUGGAAAUCAUAAGUCACGAAGAGUGUGUUAUGUACUCGUCGCUAGAUUAUUGUUAUGGACUGGUCGAGAAACUAAUAGUCCUGACGCGAGAAGGCGGAAAUCAGAAGACCACUAGGUUUGCGAUGAUACUUCUAUUGUCCAAACACAAGGAGACGAAAAUAAAUGGUCUCACACCAAAGUGGUAAGCAAGUCAAGU